AUGACUAGCUAUGAUCCUUUGUGUGCACUUGACAACACUAGGACGAAUUGGAAUAUCAAGGUACGUAUUACCAGGAUGUGGGCGUCUAUAUCGACCAAAGAAGGGAAAGACACACUCAAAGGAUAUAAUCUGAUUUUACCCGAUGAAGACAAUUUUCAUGUUCAUGCUUUCGUGUACGCUGAUAAUUGGAUAUCUCUUGAAAGAAAGAUAAAGCUGGAAGAAGGAGGAAUCUACAACAUUACAACUUCUUAUACCAAAAAUGCAACGGGUCAUUUAAGGCCUGUCUCUUCAAAGAUCUUGAUCAACUUCUCGAACAGUACGAGGGUCAUGAAGAUAGAUGAAGAUGACUUCACGAUACCAAUGCAUAAAUUUGAGUUUGUUGAUCUCGGCGGCCUGUUCCCACUUGCCAAUUCUUAUCCAAAACCAGAAAGUCCUGAAUUCUCGACAGAUUACAUAAAUUGUACUAAAAUACCAACUGUGCAUGGACCUCGCGAUAUUGUGAAGUUUGAGAUAACCGAUGGGAGGUACUCGACUAAGGUAACUGUGUGGGGAGAUCUUGUUGUCGCAACAGAGGCUGCCUACCAAAAAGCUGUCGUUAAACCAGUUGUUGGCAUUGUUUGUAGCGCUAAGCCCAAGAUAUUUUUAAAUGCUGUCCAAAUGAAUACAAUCCCUUCGUCAAAAAUCUAUAUGAAUCUUGAUACUGAUUCAAUUACAGCGAUGAGGCAGAGGUUGAUACAAGAAGGAUAUGUUGCCGAAGAAAAUGCGUUGACAUCACCCGUGGCAAAGCCCGUGUUGGAUAUAAUUGAGACGUUAACUUUGAAGCAAUUGGGUGACAUAGCUGGCGAGUCGUACAAAAAGAAAACUGUGUUUUGUGAGAUAAAAGUGACCACUGUUGAACAAGGUAGGAAUUGGUGGUAUGAUAGCUGUGGAUGUCAAUUUGAAGUUGUUUUGAAGGAUGGAAAGCUCUUUUGCGGUGAAUGUAAAAAAAAUAUCCCCGUCGCAGAAAAGAGGUUCAGGAUAGUGAUACUCGGGGAAGAUUCUGAUGAGGCGUACAAUUUCAUCUUGAUGGAUCGUGCAGGUCGGAGACUUAUUGGAACAACAGCAACCAAAAUGUUGUCAGACAUGAUAAAGGAACAAAAGGUGGAUGUCUUUCUUCCGAAAAUUGCCGCAUUGUCUGGGAAAGUGUUAAAACUAAAUUUAGUCUUUUCAGACGAUAAUAUAUCGUCAAAAAGUCGUUUAUACACUGCAGUAGAUGCAUAUGAUCCUAGCCGGUUUCAGGAUCAGUGUCAUCUACACCGACUUGCUUUACUUCUACUGUUAGAGAAGUAA